UAACAUGGCGGAUGGCGGUGUUCAUGUAAACGAAACUGCGUGCGCUGGUUCUUCCUUCACUUAGUUUGAAGAAAGCACGUCUAGAAACUAGUGUUUCUUUUUAAACGUGCACCGUUUCUGAACAUAUUACAAACGCCAUCAAACCAGAGAUGACUUCCGAAAAUGUAUUCACGAUUCCGAACUUGGAAAAAGAACCAGACUCGUUUUUCGUGUACAGCGAUAGCUUGCGACUGCAGAGUACACCCAUUGUAAUAGAUAACGGCUCAAACGAGUGCAGAGCAGGAUGGGCAAUUGAUGAGCAGCCUCGAAUGACGUUCAAAAAUAUCACUGCAAAGCAGAGGGGAAAAAAGGAAAGUGAAGUACAGGUUGGAAAUGACAUCGCCAACGUUGAAGUGGUUAGAUGGCUUCUCAAAACUCAGUUUGAUCGAAACGUUGUCACGCAUUUUGACGUUCAGGAACAAAUAUUUGACCACAUAUUCAACCACUUGGGCAUAGCAACGCAGCAUUGUGUUGAACACCCAGUCGUCUUGAGCGAAGUCGUCGGCAAUCCAAACUACUAUCGUCAAAAUAUGUCGGAGCUGCUGUUUGAAUGCUAUCAGGUACCACAGGUGGUCUACGGCAUUGAUGGCCUGUAUAGUUUUCAUUACAACCAUCCCAAAAAUACAGCCAAUGCUGUCGUCGUAUCUUUUGGUCAUCACACGGUUCAUAUUAUCCCGGUUGUCAAUGGCAGCAUCGAUGCAGAGAACUGCAAACGUAUCAGCGUGGGUGGAAGUCACAUGACAAGCUUGAUGCAACGCUUGAUGCAGCUCAAACAUCCUCACCUUGGGGCAGCUGUAACAUUAAGCAGGGCUGAGCAUUUGGUACACGAGCACUGCUACUUUGCUGAGCAUUUCGGCGAGGACUUGGACAUGUGGACAAACUGCAACUACUACAAAGAGAAGCUCAGGUUAAUUCAGCUCCCUUUCAACCCUACGGCGAGUUCGUCGAACACUCACGGUGUUGGGAAGAUGGACUACUGUCACAGCAUCAUGAGGCGUGUUCAGGAAGCCAUUGCAAAGCGCAAGCAAAAUAGGCUCUCGGACGAUGAAGAAAAACUUCAACAGUUGAUCAACAUUCAAGAGUUGCUGGAAUACGAAGACGAAGCAACAUUUAGGAGAACCCUGCAAGAACUGGGCUUUUCAAGCAUAGAAGAGCUGACACUGGUGAUAAAUGAACUGAGGCGCCAGGUGCAGCAGGUGAAGAAUUUAGGUGCAGGUGCAGCUGGCGACGGAGAGUUUGCGGGCAGUUCUACCAAGAAACACUGCAGCGACCUGGAUCCUAGGUUGUUCCCUGAGCCGGAUACCUGGAUAUCCGCUGUCAGGAAGCGACGUGAGGAAUUACGUGAGAGGAGAAUGCAGCAACAUCAGCUUGUGUUAGAGAAGGCUCAUGCUUCAGGACAGAAAUCUAAGGCAAAAAGAAAGGAAACUCAGCUGCUAGAAGAGGACUUUAAUGACAAUGAUACCGCCGAGCAGGUUGAAGAGUUGGAUGAAAUAAUUUCAGAAUUCGAGAGGGAGUUCAAAAAGAAACCUCAGUUCGGAUCCGACCAUACCAACUUCAACAUGGCUGAGUACUACCAGCUUCAUCUUGGAAUUGAACGAACGAGGGUCCCAGAAAUUGCAUUCCAGCCAAGCAUAAUUGGUCUAGAGCAAGCUGGUUUAGCGGAAGUACUGGAGAUGGUCUUUUCAAGAUACACGAAGGAACAACAAUCCUACUUGGCCCAAAAUGUAUUCAUCACUGGUGGACCAGCAGCGUUGCCUGGCAUUCGUGAAAGAAUGUGUGCCGAAAUGUUAGCCAUGCGUCCUUUCCAGUCAACUUUCUCUGUUUCUGUUGCCAAGAAUCCGGUCGGGGACAGUUGGAGAGGCGCUCGGCGAAUGGCGUUACAGAGAGACUACCUCAACAAGUUUGCUAUCCAGAGGUGCGACUACGAAGAGAAGGGACCCGACUACCUCAGGGAACAUCCCUGUUCAAAUGCAUACACACCUGCGCCACCAGUUGUCCCAGCAAAAUCUCUCGUGCUGCCUUCGAAUGCAUUGUGAGGAACACUUCCCUUCGAUGCACACUAUGUUUGUGAUGUACUCUAUACAUUACGCAUUUGUACAUAAACAUAAAUUUUGCAUGUCACACAACUAAUGUGCUGCCAUUUGCCUGUAAAUAAACAUUCAGUACUGAGUGUUCAGAGUCCCUGA